GGCGGCGUGAGCGCGCGGGCAGCGUCCCCCGGGCGCGGCGGCGGCGGCGCGUGCCGGGCAUGGAAGUGGAGAAGAUGGAGGAGAAUGAAUGGAAGUACCACGGGGAAGGGAACCAGAGCCUCGUCGUCUCCCACUGCCAGCGCUGUGUGGUGCUGCGGUUCUUGAAGUCCCCCCCAAACCAGAAUAAGACUUCCGAGGAAAUACUGCACCAUCUGCAAAACAUCGUAGACUUUGGAAAACAUGUAAUGAAGCAGUUCUUUGGGGAGAACUAUGUUCACCAUGGGGAAAUUAUCCAACUGCCUUUAGACUUCGUAAGACAGCUCUGUUUAAAAAUUCAGCCAGAGAGGCCAGAGUCUCGCUGUGACAAAGACAUGGACACUCUCAGCGGUUACGCCAUGUGCCUUCCCAACCUCACCAGGCUGCAGACCCACCGGUUCGGGGAACACCGACCCAUCCUCUGCAUCGAGAUUAAGCCAAAGUGUGGCUUCAUUCCAUUUUCCAGCCACGUUUCACAGGAGAUAAAGCACAAGGUGUGUCGUUACUGUAUGCAUCAGCAUCUAAAGGUAGCAAAUGGAAAAUGGAAGCGACCAAGUAAAUAUUGCCCGCUGGAUCUCUUCUCAGGAAAUAAACAGAGAAUGCACUUUGCUUUAAAGAGCUUACUACAGGAGGCACAGAACAACUUGAAAAUAUUUAAGAAUGGGGAACUAAUUUAUGGCUGUAAAGAUGACCAGGACUGUGUCUCUGACUGGAACGAACUUGCUCAUCACUUAAAACCUUUCUUUUUUCCCUCCAAUGGGCUGGUCAGUGGGCCACACUGUACAAGGACAAUUAUCAAAGAACUAAUCCAUGUUAUAACUAUGACGCUACUAAGUAGCACUGAUGCCUGCAGGGCAGGUGAUAUGAAGACAGUUCCCAUUUCACAAGGAAGAAGCUACUGUGAAGCAAGUGCUUUUAAUAAGGAACUAGUAAGAAAUGGUAAACAUAAAUUGGAAAGCUCUGGCUUACCGAGGGGUUGUCUCCUUUAUAAAACCCUUCAGGCUCAGAUGCUUGACAUGCUGGAUAUUGAAGGACUCUAUCCCUUGUACAGUAGAGUUGAGCAGUACUUGGAGGAAUUUCCUGAAGAGAGAAGUACAUUACAGAUAGAUGGACCUUACAAUGAAGCAUUUUAUGAGAAGCUGCUAGAUCUUUCCACGGAAGAUGAUGGGACAGUAGCAUUUGCGUUAACAAAGGUGCAGCAGUACAGAAUAGCCAUGACUGCUAAAGACUGCUCCAUCAUGAUUGCCCUUUCACCCUGUCUACAAGAUGAAUGCUCUGAGCAGAGACCUGUGGUACUAACGUCCAAAUCAAGAUUCACCUUUUCUGUUUCUGUCCUGGACCUUGACCUAAAACCGUACGAAAGCAUUCCUCAUCAGCACAAACUGGAUGGCAAGAUAGUAAACUAUUAUUUGAAGAAUGUACAGGCCAAAGAUGACCCAGUUAUGUCCACUCUCUUUAAGGAGAAUGAAGACUGCACAUUAGUUCUCCAUAAAGUGUAACCAUUUCCUUAAAGUUAUUUUUAUUUGAACACAUUAGAAAGUGAAAGAUUAAUGGAAUACAAUUAUGGUGAUUUUUUUUUUUUUCUAUUGUGUUCAGUGCAUUUUUCAGCUGUGAAUGUUUUUGCUUUAAGAAAUGAUUUCUGAUUGGUAUUGCCUUUUCAAAGACAUGGGAUAGCACUAAGCAACGCAUUUGCUAUAUAACCUUAAUGAAUGUAUUUAAUAUGACAGAACAGAUAAUGUGCCAUACCUUGGAACUAGAGGUCAGGUCAAAUUAAUACUAAAGUCUAUUUCCUUAGAAUUGAAAGAGCAGAGAAGUAAAGGUUUCCUGAAGUAUUGCACUAACAUAGAAAGCCUAAUUACUAAUGAAAGAAUUGUCUUGGAGCUUGUGCUUUGAGUCUCAUACCCCACUAGGAAGAGGGAAUGCUCUGACACCUAAUGUAAAACUUCCGCAUUAAGUCCACUGAAAAUACAACUGAAGGGGCUACUCAAGUGUUACUGAUGUAUGGAACUACUGUGUUUACUACAGGACACUUUGAAGUACUAGUGCAUGAGAUUAAGGACACCAGACUGCCUCCAGAAGUUUGGUGAUCACCUUGUGUCUACUUAAAACUUCUGAAACUAAGUGGAAAGGGUUAAAAGUAAGCAUCUGAGUUUGAUGUGAUAGCUGGGCUCAACUCACCUGACAUACUGGUCUUUUAUUUUUUAUACAUUAUGUGCUGCUAUUGAAGGUGAAACCACAGCUUGCUCUUACCUAGUUUAAAUUGAGCUGUAUGAAUAAUAUAGUCUGAAUUCUACAGGUUUGUUCAGGUCUUUCAGAUAGUGUCAAACAUUGUCAUAACUUCACUGAUAGCCCACAUACUGUGGGCUUGAGCAGUUGCUUUCAGGCUUGUUCUUUUUCAGUGACACACAAUAACAGUGACAGUACCUGAUCUUAUUUUCAGAAGCUGCAGGGGGGCAGUUUCUGAGGAUGAGUGCUGGACCUCAGUUCCUAUCACUACUUCAGCCAUUGAAUGAUGGCUUCACUUCCUAAACAUUGGAAUGUGCAGCUGAAGUCUUGUGGGAUGUUGCAUAAAAGACACCCUUGAGGAAGGUCCUGAGCUGCAGACAGAGGAUAUAUUCAGAAGUGAGGGCAGUAAGAUGAAGGCUACAGCCACUUUCCCUGUACGCCUAGGGAUUACACACCCUGAAAUGUGCAGAGAUGCUGCUCAAGCCACAGUUCACUGCUGUUACCUGGGUACAGCAUGGGCUUACUGGUCAUGGUGUUAAAAGUAAUGUAGGUCAAGAUUUAAAAAAUGUAUUUAGAUUUCAGUGUAAUGUUUGAAUUGUUCCAUUUUACCUGACAGUCGAAAAGCAAACUCAGAAAAUCCUGUAUAUUGGCACAACUCAUGGAAGACACAUGAACUAGAGUAACACCACUCACAGAGCCGUGGGGCAUUGCCAUGGCAGUGACCUGUGUUAGCCAUCUCCUGGAUCCCAUUGCCUGGUGACCCUGUGCCUCCUGGGAUGGGGUCCUGGGCUGCUCUCACUGAAAUGGGAUACUACAACAGUGCAAUAAGCUGGUAGUUGGUAAUGGUAUUAACCCUUCCUUUUCAAAGAAAACCUGGAUGGAGAGCUAUUUUUAAAUUCAAAAAUCCUCCAACUGUUGCAUAAGGGGAGGAAGGAAGGAGUAUUCACAGCUGGCAAGUUUUCAGGGUUUUUAUGCUGUAUCUUUACACACGUUUCAUCUGCAAAUAGAAGUGCAUGUGCUGAUCAAACAGCUCAAUUUUCAUGCAAGGAGCAAAAGAUGAAAGGUCACACAGAACAAGCUAAAGCAGUAAUGUGUCAGUGGAUAAAGUAGCAAUGAAUUUUGCCUGUCUACUGGAUUCCUAACUUGAAAUUAGUCUGCCUUAUAUCUAACAAGAUAUUUUAUUACAGAGUUGCUGUUCAUCAAAGCUUAAUCUCUGGUGCUGCUCAGCUGUAGAUUCUGACAGAAACUGAUCUCAUCUGUCAGUUUUUCCUGACCUUCCAGAACAGUAGGAGGCUAUUACAGUGAUUAAAUAGUGGAUUAUUAAAAUUACAAUAUUACAAACAUACUGUAGCUUUAGGUCUUGAUUUCUCCACCUAUUUCACCACUGCUAUAAAAUACUUUGACAUAACUUAUGAACAGAUCAGGCAGUUGCACUGCUUGCAUGGUUAGAGCUGCUGUGGACUUGGAAGUUCUUAAUACUCUCCAGAAUUCACAGUUCUUUUUGGACCCUUUUUGCUCCCUACCUAAGAAGGACAUGACAUUAAGUUGUACAGGUUUGGUUGUGGUGCUCGUGCAGAGCAGGGGCACUCCUGCAGAAUGCUGAGAGUUCACAAAUUACCUAAUGCUACAUCUGAUGGCAGGGAAGGAAGAUGACAGGACAUCUUUCUAAACUGUUUUGUUUCUUCAGGGAUGAAGCAAUGAAAACAACUUUUGUAACAUGUUACCUACUAGACUUUCCCUCUAGAAGUAGGAAAUCAAACUGCAGCAAGCAGUAGUUAACUCAUCAAAAAACUCUUACAAAAAAAGUCUAUUGGUCCUUUCUUGUUUAGUUUAAUGCUCUCUCAACACCUGCAUUGUGGAAAACAGUUCCCUCAUACAGUUACCCUUUUUUUUUUUUUUAACAUAGUAUGUCUUUGAAAUCUUCAAAUUGUCCACUCCACCCUAAUUUAAUGAGAAAGUUAUUUAACUCUUUGUUCUAGGAGUCUCUUACUGUUCUCUUGUCAUUUUAAAAUCACUGUACUUUUACAGAGCUGUGAAAUGAAAUGGAUUUUUAUGGACUUGAUUUUGACAGUGCAUGAUCUUUUAACACUUUCCAGGUAUCUAGAAAAUGUUAAGAAGAUAAACCACUCUGGUACAUUAAUGAUUCAGAAAGAUAAAUUUAUAAUGAAAUCACGCUGUACAUGUAACUAUUUUAUUUGGCAUUUUUGUAUUUAAAUGGCUGUAUUUAUUUUCAUGUCAUGACAAUUUAUAUAUAACGUGCCAUAAUUGUACAGAUAGCAUGUUUUAUGAGUAUGGUUUCUAAAUGGAAAAUAACUUAAUGUUUAUAUUCAAUAAAAUUAUAGACUGUGUAACACAAUAUCCUAAUUAAAAUGACUUUUGAAAAUGCUA